AGCUUGGUGUCUCUCGGUCUAAGCUCUGUCUGCCUCUCCCGGUCUCCACGAAACUCUGCGGCUCCCGCCCCGGUCGAGUUCAAAAGGAAGCGCUGAGUGGUACCGGGCGCCUCUCCGGCAGACCGUCGGACUGGAAAGGUCUGCUCCUUCUCACGUGCUCAUCCACUGGCCACAAUGAGCAGCCCCCCAAGCACACCUUCCCGGGGAGGGGAAGAACUGCUGACCACCCCAAUUCUGCAGGCCACAAAUGCCCUGUCCCCAGAAGCUGAAGCCAGCACAGCUCUCAUUGCAGUUGUUAUCACCGUGGUCUUCCUCACACUGCUCUCAGUCGUGAUCUUGAUCUUCUUUUACCUGUACAAGAACAAAGGCAGCUACGUCACCUAUGAACCUGCUGAAGGCGAGCCCAGCGCCAUCCUGCAGAUGGAGAGUGACUCAGCCAAGGGCGGGGAGAAGGAGGAAUAUUUCAUCUGACUUCCAGGCCCCAAGGACCUUAUUCCAGGUUCCAGCACUAAUAGAAUGACUGUUGUUUAAUUUAUUAGGUGAAAGUUUUAUCUGAGGCCAGUGAGCAGCAUUGAUGAAUGGGCAAAUCUGAGUUCCCUCCAAAGGCACAGGCCCAAACACCAACCUCACUGUUAGCCCAAGAGGUGGGGCUAAACCAGGGGACAUUUUGUUCUUGGUUGAGAAUUAUGAUCGCUGGCUGCUCCACUCUGUCCUCUUCCUGGUCAACUAGUGAUAGCCCCAGCGGAGAUAUUAUCUAUAAAAGUUUUUCCCAGAGAUUGGAUACUGCAAUACAAGGCCAGACCGGGAUGGGUAGGAGAUUAUGGAGAUCUUACCUCCUGAUAAAUGUACCAUUUUCUUUAAUCUGAGCCCUUCCCAUAUUCCCCAACAACCUCAUACUUGUGCUACUUUUAUCAGAAUUAAAAGUUUUCAUUGAUACAGAAAUCAGA